UUUAUUAUAAUUGAAUUACAAAAAAAAAAAAAAUAAAUAAAUAAUUAAUAAAUAAAAAAAACAAUGCAGAUAAACUUAAUUUGUAAAACGUUGUCUUAAUGCAAACUGCGAAAUAAAUUAAGUGCCUUUUUUACGGGAAUAAAUGAUAUAAAAUAAAUAGUUAAAAUGUAAAGCGAUUGUAGAAUAAUUUCGAUAAGCUGCCCAAGUGAAGUUCAAGGAAAUAUGGUUCUCUAGUAUUUCUCUUCUUUUUUUUUUUUUGUUCAAGAACUUUGUGUAAAAAUCAAUAAAUUCACAACAAACACAUACACUUAUAGUAUAGAGCAUGCAUUGUGUAAAUUGUUUGAAAUGAAAACAAAUAGAAAAAGGAAGCAUUGUAAAUUUUGUAAAUUGUGCUGCUUACAGCAACCGAAUCAGCUGAUGCUGGUUAUAAUACUGAACGUAACGAUGGCGGUGAGCAUUAUAAUGUCAAAUCUACAACGACCAGUCAAGUGUGAUAACAGUGCCAGUGUGUGUAUUAAGUACGUUUGUUGCUGAAAUAAUAACAAUAAAAAAAAAAAUAAAAAAAAAAUAGAAAAAUCCAACAACAUAAAAUAUUACAACAACACUCAAGUUCAAUAGUUACGUUGAACUCAUUGUUUUAAUCUUUGCCAAGCAAAGUGUCAAAGUCAAAUUGUGUGCUGUAAGCCCGCAUAUUACACGUACAGGCCUACACUCGUUCUCCUUGCGUAUGUUUAUAUGAAAAUGUUUAACUCUUCGCCUCCUCCGGUUGGCGAAACUUCACGGAUUAAAACCUUUAUGGGACGCAGUACCCCAGCUAUUGGGGUGUUGAAAUCAAAAUUUCUGACAGUUUUAGGCAAUAGCAAUGAAUUGUUAAACGGCAUUUCUAGUAAGCUUACUUUAAACAUCAGCUCCAGUGAUUCCGAUUAUUGUGAUGAUGAUGAAGAGGAAAUACCAAAAUUUGAUGAAUCGAUUGAUUAUACAAAAAUUGAUUAUGAAUCGAGACGUGUUAAGGCCCGUCGGGCUCAUGAAGAAAUCAUUUCUGGUCGGUAUAGACAACCGAAUUUAGCGCCAAGACCGCGGUUGGAUGCCUUGCGUUCAAAGAAACAAAAUGAAAAAUCACGCUCCUCUUCUUCGUCCAGUUCGUCUUCGUCGUCUACAUCAACUUCUUCGAGAUCUUUUCCAAACAACGCUGGAGAGAAAUCCCAUGUCAGCAGCACUACCCGAUCUGAUUCUUUAGAAUCCCGAAAUUCCGGUGGAUAUGAACGGGCCCGAGCAAUACCUGGUGCGAGACGCAGUGAACUUGAUAUGCAACGCGAUUUAUUGCGCUUAAAUGAUUUGAUAAAACCUGCUACGGUCAAUGUUAAAGGAACACCUCAUAUUGAGGUGCAGCCUCCUUAUGAAAAGGAUACUAUUAUCAGUUCACAACAGCAACAACAACAGCACUUAAUUACAGACAAUAGUGGUAAUAUUCAAACGGCAGGCGUUAGUUCCAAUCAUUCCAUGCGUUUACCACCCUCUAGACGUAAGAAUUCAAAUAGCAGUACCUUAACAAGUCUACGGGAUGAUCCCGAAGUGCAAGUAAGUCCCAGUAUGGAAUCUACCGAUUGGCGUAAUUUUAUACGUUCCGAGUCCCAGAAUUCCGUGCCUUCAUGGGCUUCAUCUAUCAGUCUCGAUUGCCGUGCUGGUGAGGAGCCCAUCAAAGAGUUUAUGAAGCGUUUCACCGAGACACUGUUUCGUAGUGCGAAUACCAUAGAUUUAGAAUCGAAAUCUGAAUUCGGAGCAAUGAUUCGUUUGGACAUUGGACGCCAAUGGUUUACGAGAUUUUUAUUGGAACAGAAAAACAAAUCGAAACGCAUUGAAGAACUAACAUUUCAUUUGCUGGUACAGCAUUUCGCUAUUUUUCUCUUUGAAUGCAGCGAAUGUGAAGAUUAUCCGCCGGCUGCCAUUAUAAUGAAUUUAUGUUUUGUUUUUUAUAGGGAGGUUGACGUUCCCGGUUGUGACCCGUAUCGGGAAUAUCUAUUUACUUUUAUGCGCCAACAACCCAUAUGGCUAUCAUUGCGAUUUUGGACGGCUGCAUAUUUGGACUCAAUGCAAACGGAAAGAGAACAUCGCUUGGCUGCCCGGCAAAAGAAAUGCGAUCGACGUAAGGCCAAAGAAAAAUCAAAAAAGGAACUCGAAGAGAAUAAAGAGAAACUAAUUACUAAUGAAAGUGUACAAAAAAUCGAUGAGAAAUCAAUGCUUAAGAAUGAAAAUUCCUCUUCGAGCUCUUCGCAACACAGCCAUCAAUGUAAGGCGAAGAAAUUUACCAAUACGAAAAUCACUAAUGAAGUAGCUCUGGAAGUAGAUAAGGAAAUGGAAAAUAUUGCUUUUCGGCAAUUGGGAUCCUUUACCUGUAAUAUCCACGCGCUUGGUGUACCACAAGAUGUAUGUUUAGAGUUUUACAAAAAGCAAGUCACUGGUCUUAAUUUACCUAAAGAUAAAAUCAAAUUGAUUAGAGAUAAUAUAUAUCGUAUGUAUCAUGAAACCGAUUUAUGGGGUGCCAAGCACUCCUGAGUCAGUUAUUAGAUAUCAAAGCAAAUAAGAAAUAUUUGCGAAAUGUUGCAAUCAAGAAAAAAAAAAAAAA